GUCAGUCAGGGAAAUGUCCCAGGCAUUGAGAGUGCGUACUUGGCCAUGGACACUGAAGAGGGGGUGGAGGUGGUGUGGAACGAAGUGCAGUUUUCAGACAAGAAGGUUUUCAAGUCCUUUGAGGAGCGGAUAAGGGAGAUGUUUGAGAACCUGAUGCAGGUGGAGCAUCCGAACAUUGUGAAGUUUCACAAGUACUGGUUGGACAUGAGCGAGAGCAGAGCGAGGGUGAGAAGCAACACACACCUGGUAGAAAUGAACGCCUCUGUGAACUUUACCCUAAAUUCAGACAUUCACGUUUUCUUUCAUUUCGUUACUGAUGUUUUAUCUUUUUUGUCUUUUAGUUACUUGCAUUCAUGUGAUCCACCUAUUAUUCACGGUAACCUGACAUGUGACACCAUCUUUAUCCAGCACAAUGGUCUCAUAAAGAUCGGUUCAGUUUGGCACAGGCUGUUUGUUAACGUAUUUGCUGAGGCGAUUCAUGGUAAUGUGCAUCAACAUCGAGAUGAAAUGCGGAACCAGCAUUUCUUUGCUCCGGAGUAUGGCAUUGCUGAAGAUGACUACGCCAUUGAUAUAUUUUCAUUUGGCAUCUGUGCCUUGGAGAUGGCAGUACUGGAAAUCCAGGCCAAUGGAGACACUGCAGUUUCGAAAGAGGCCAUUGAUCAUGCUGGACAAUCACUUGAGGACCCUCUCAUGAGGGAAUUUAUCCAGUCGUGUGUGCUCACAGAAGCCAAGACGAGACCUACAGCUCAUGACCUGCUGUUCCACAGAGUGUUAUUUGAGGUCCACUCCUUAAAACUGCUUGCUGCGCACUGCUUUAUCAAUAACCAGUAUCUCCUUCCUGAGAAUUUUGUGGAAGAGAAAACAAAAUCUAUUGACCCUAAUGGCAUCAUGGCAGAGAUUAAUCAUCGUGACCGACCUGGAGUCCAUCUAAAGUACUCUCACGUUUCUCCUCUGGAGCUGGACAAAUUCCUUGAGGAUGUGAAGAACGGCAUAUAUCCCCUUAUGAACUUUGCUUCCCAGCGGCCGCAUCCUAUCCCCCGGGCUCUUUCUUUGUCACAGGAACAGAUGGAGACUGUGAAGACCCCAACCCCAGAACCACAGGAGACUGAAACCAGAAAGGUUGUCCAGAUCCACUGUAAUUUGGAAGCGAAUGAGGAAGGCACAAGGAGUCAUCUCUCUCUUUUUUUAAAGAUGGAUGACAGGCUUCACCGUCAGCUUAGCUGUGAUGUUUUGCCAUCUGACAGUCCCAAAGAUUUGGCUAGUGAAUUGGUUCACCAUGCUUUCAUCAGUGAGGAAGACUGCGAGAAGUUGGCAUGUUUUCUUGAGGAUGCAUUAUGUAAGCACUGGUCAGGGACGUCCACCUCCCCCACUGCCAUGGCUAUGAUGUACUAAGCCCAGCUGGUCCCAUAAUAGACAAACAGAGAUUGAAGACUGGGCCAGAACAUGAGGAAAAAGAGAUGGCGAGAGAUUCAGAAGAGGGAAAUGAGACCAAAAGUGCAACAUUACAUAAUGAAGGUCAUGACAAGAUGGCUUCAGAAUAAGUGACGGGCCUGGGGAGAAAAGCUCACACCAUACCGCAUGGUACCUGCACAAACUCCAAAGAGCUCAAACUGUUCAUUUUGAUCUUGAAGGUCGAAUUACUGCUAUCAUCUCACCGUGACGAACAUUUCUAUCACUUGCAGAGAUUCUGCUUCAGUGCCAGCAUUUUGGUUGUGAUUUUUUUUUUAUGAGUUUAAAUGAUUUUUAAUAACAUCCUUCCAAGUCAUUGUGCCUAUAUGGCGUAAUCCAUCUUCAUCUAGCAAAGGACAAAAUCUCAAACAGACAAUUUUGUUCCAGUUUAAAUGUGUUAUUUAUUAUUUUAAACAAUUAAUACACAGUCUUGGUAUACAUGUUUAAAAGUUCAAGCAAGGAAAUGCAUCAAAAUGUUUAAUUCUACAUUUCUAAAUGAUCUUGUUUUGUAUGCUUUAACAAGCUGACUUUGAGCAAACAAAUGUAUGGUACUAUGACAAAAGUGCUCUUGGCACCUAAUACUAAUAUAUUUCAACACAUUUUUUUUUAGACCUUAAACUUCAUUUCUUGCUCUUUAUCUUGAAUGAUUUUACUGAGUUUAAGAUGUCUCUUUUUUAAUUGAACUAUGUUGAUCUCAAUUGCUUUUUUCAUGCAGAUGGUAACUUUGCAGAUGUUUAUAAACAGUGGCAAUAAUGGUAUCCUUAAGUAGUACAUUACCAUUCAAAUAUUUGGGGUCAGUAAUUUUUUUUUU